AUUCAUGUAGCAGAAGGAGGGCUUCAUAAAAAUGAUCUGUGAGGUUUCUGUGUUUUCCACAUUCAGUGGGCGUUCUCAGUGGGGAAGAAUAACACUUGCAAAUAGGUUGUGAAAGCAAUAAGCAGCACAGUUAUUUUAAAUGAGUCUGCAAAGUGUUUUCUCACGUGAUCUAAAGCAUAUUUCUAUCUCAGGAUCCUGCUUGAAAGGAGUCUGCUUAUGCAACGAGGCAAAAUAGAACCUCUGCUGCUGGUGAUGCUGGAGGGAGGGGGGCCGUAAAAAAAGGAGUCCAGCCAGCACCACGAGACACUGAAUGGAGGAAGAUGCCCAAGCAGGAGCAAGUUGAGUUUUGGAAAUGUCAAAUCCGUGGUGGGUAAUAGAGUUUACAGCGCGCCUCACACAGCCAAUCAGUUGGCUGGAGUCAGCAGCGGCGCCUCUGUCGGAGUUGUUUGGAGCCGGAGCUCAGUGAGAUACCGUGCGUAAAAUCUCACCUGUCAGACGCAGCGGCGGUGCCAUGGCAUCCAGAGCUCAGCGAGCAAAGUCCAGUCUCUCACACACGGAAUAACUUCCCUAUACAGGGAUGCCAUAUGUUGUGCGACGCUGGCAGGUUUCCUAAAACUGAUAAUGUGAAGUAAGAAGGUGGGUCCGUCUCCGUCGACUCAGUUGCGCCGAAGGAACGAUGCUGAGCGAACCUACGGGAGGAUUUUCUACUCCAGCCGCCAGACUGCCAGAUAUUCUUUGGAACUCCAUCCUUUGAUCCACUAGAGGUUUAAAGCAAAGAAUUAUGGAGAGCCUCAGCGAGCUCCAGAACCCCUUGCUAGACAAAACCAGCAGACACGUGGUCCCCAACGACUACCAGGGCUACCAGUGCGACUACCCGAGUCAGCCUCAUCAGGACAGCCUCAUCGGCUACUACUACACCGGGGCCAAUGGCAAGCAUAAGACUCAGCAAUUCUUGGAUGCAACCUCCCUCCAUCUAGCAGUGGAGGCCUUUUACAGACCCAACUUCAUCCUGUACAAGGACGACGUCAGCCUUCACAGCAAGGACUCCAAGAGCGAGAGCUUUGAGACCACUUUCACGGAGAGUAAGGACGCUGUGCCGGACGGAGUUGCCACGGAAAACGCAGUGGACUGUGUACAAGGAGAGAAGGAUGUGAAGAUCCAGACAGUGUCGUACGAGGUGGAGGAGGAGCAAGGUCCUGAGUACGAGAGUGACAGCUCCAGCGACAGCGAGAGUGAGGACAACUUCAUCGUGCUGCCCCCCCGGGACUACUUGGGCCUCACCAUCUUCUCCAUGCUCUGCUGCUUCUGGCCCUUGGGCAUCGUUGCCUUUUACUACUCUCACAAGACCGGCAAGGCCAUUGCUAAGGGAGACUUCUCCAGAGCGGGGAUGAGCUCCAGAAGAGCCCUAUUCCUGGCUGCACUCUCCAUUACCAUCGGAGCUGGGAUGUAUGUGGGGGUGGUUGUGGCCCUCAUAGCCUACCUGUCCAAGCCUGGACAUGUAUAGCACUGGGACCACUCGCUUGCGGGAGAGAGAGAUGGUGAGAAAGAGGAGGCAUGAUGGGAGGAAGGGAGAGGUUGGACAGAUAACGUUGCCUCUCCCGAAGGUAUGUGCCCUCUGCUGAAGCCUGGCUAACAGCCAAAAGAAGAAAGUAUAUGAAGAGAAAAGCCAGAGAGAGAGCAAGAGUGGAAAAUAUGUGUGGAUGGAGUAUUACUUGGACUGCAUAUUGAUCCAGACUGAAUCAUUAUUUCUGGGAUGCAACACUCCCACCGAGGUAUUCCACCACAACAAGGAGAAGAGUAGACAGCGCGGAGAAAGAUGACUACUCAUCCACAAAGACUGUGCUGUACUUAUGUUAGAAAAAUCUGUGCUCAUAGCAGUAAGAAUACUACCUACCUUCUACCACAUUAGUCAUUUGCAGCAUUUUUAUUUGACCUUUACAGUAGGUGUAUCUGUCCAAACCGUUGCAGGUUGUGUAUUAUCCACUUUGUAAAUAAAACUUCCUGGACAACCAGUUAGCCAGUGGAUUUUUAUGUCAUUAUUUAAUUAGGGAAUAAAUCAGACAGUGAUCCAGUCAGUCAAGAAGUGGUCCCCUGACAGAGACUGACAACAAAGAUGUACACAAAGCUGCUUAGCAGUGGACUAAAGGGUUAUUAGUGUCUACUCUGUGCUGUAAAUUUAGUCAAUAAAUACAUUUGGCAUGAAUAAUGAAACACUCUA